CUUUUUUUAUACCCUCAAUUUUGAGACAUCGCCUUUCUUUUUAUGUUUUGCCUGGUAUUCGAUAUCUACCUCGAUCCUUUUUUAGAAUAUCCUAGUCAUAUUUUCGGACCUGUUCACCUUCGUGGCUAGGUAGCUAUAGUUGAUACUAUUAUUACCCUUAUAGAAGCCGGAAUAUACCGAGCCACCUUCACUUCUUUAUCCAGUCAUAUUCCCAGCCAUGGACCCAAGCCAGGCGCAACUGAGACAGCAAAUUCAGACGCCUACUUUCACUCUUAAUUCUAACGACAAGUUCGUUAGAGAGGUUCCGCCACCUCACCCACCGCCAUUAACCAACAUGAAUAGAAACGAGUUGUCUUCUCGGGGAGAAGGUCAAGUGGCGCCUGUCGGCGUAUGGACGACGCCGACCUCCCAGGAAACACGAGCAAGGCCUGCUACUAUCCAUGAAGGCUUCUCAUUUUGUACUGGGGACGAAUUUGGAACAAUACCUUCAUGGGGAACACCGUCGGGCUUGACAAUUCACACGCCAAGCGACACGAUGUCACGACCUGUUUCGAUGCAUCAAGACUUCUACCCUGUCACCACGAUGGAUAGCAGCCCAUGGGGAACUAAGUCGUGUGAAGACCAUAUUGAGAUGCCCAACUUUGACGUCGAUAUGAAUAUUGGCCAAGCUUAUACGGCAGAUGAGGCUAUUCCAAUCAUAGACCUGAGAUAUUCCGGUGCUCAGAUGGAAAAUGAUACGAUGGGCUUCGAGUCGGGUCCGAACCCUCGCCGCAUGUCGGGCUCUUCGUUCACGGUAUCUACAGCCGGUGGUUUCUCUGAUAUGACUUCAUAUGAUGAAUUCUCGGCUGCGCUAUCCGAAGCGCCGUCUUUCACCUCGGACUACCCGCCACCCUCCAAUCGAAACUCGCUUAUGUCAUCGACUCAGCUGUCGCCGGUAGCCUCUCCUCGUAUGACCCCGCAGGGUCGCUCUGACCUUGUCCGGACUCAGAGUCGUGGUCGUGGCGCCUCACCUUCUCCGCGGCCAACCAUGAGAUCUGCUCCUUACACCGUGGACAGCAGCGCCAGGAACAAGAGGUGGUCUACUGGGUCCUACGGUACCUCCAACAACCGCCGGCCGUCGCCUUUCGUUUAUCACCAUACACACGAGUCUUUUGGCGCGCGUUUGUCUUCGAGGCAUUCAUCGCCUACGAUCCCGAACCAUCCACUUCCGCUAAACUAUGGCAACCUUCAAGCUGUGCAACACCAUCCCUUCAUGGUAUCGCAACCGCCAGCCUUCCGGAAUAGCAUGCUCCUUCCGACGCAGCUACCCUCCCAGGCAUUCCACCCUGAGCCUCGUCAUUUCGAGAACCCCCCACCGUUGUUAUCUCAUGGAUUAUUCAGGAUGUUGCAAAGCAAUGCCGACCCGCAUUCGCUACAUGCACACUAUACAGAUCUAUCCGACCCACCGGAUCUAUACGCCUCCUUACAGGAAGAACAAAUCCCCCCGCCUCCUGAAGACAUGAAUCCUUCUGAUCCGGACCUGAUUCCCCACGAGCAGGAGUUGAGGUUUGAGGGCGAUUUGUAUACUCCGAAAUGGGUUCGCGGACACGGAAAUAAACGCGAGGGAUGGUGUGGCAUUUGCAAGCCCGGUCGAUGGCUGGUGUUGAAGAAUUCUGCAUUUUGGUAUGACAAGAGUUUCACCCAUGGCAUCAGCGCGGCCACCGGCAAUCCGUUCCAAGAGCCUCAGGAGACGAGAAGAAUGGAUGGUAAUCCAGACGUCUGGGAAGGUCUUUGUGGAAGCUGCAACGAUUGGAUUGCUCUGGUAAGCAGUAAGAAGAAGGGCACAACUUGGUUCAGGCAUGCGUAUAAGUGUCAUUCACACCCCAAGGUCAAAGACGCUCCUAAGCGACGACGCGAGAGUAACAAUACAAGAGCUGUUGGGGGCGGCGUUCCAAUGACGAGGCCCAAGAUCGAGCCGCAGCCUACAACACCCCAGGCAAAGGCUACGGCGGCGUCCGCAGGCACAACGCCAACCCCCAGACCAAUCUCUGCCUCGAUAUCUCACGAACGGAUGGUCUUGCCAGAGCAACCUCAACCGCAGAAGACAUUUCCUCCUCUUGAGGGGUUGACCAACAUGAUCUAAACUUUUCACUUCGCCCAAACCAUGACCUCGAAUGGUCUUUUUUCUAUCUGGAUAUAUUUUGGACGAGCAACGACAUAUUUCCUUGGAUUCCCCCUCUUUUUGUCCCCCGGACGGUUUAUAGACGGAUAACGGACCUUCAGCUGGCUAGGUAGCGCAUC